CAAAAAAUUAAAAAAUUACACCUGAACGCCCCAAAUCGCGAUGAGACCGCCGACCGCCUACGCUUGCACGCCUGCGGAUUCCGCCCUGCCCCUUAUCGUCUUCUCAAUCCAUCAGUCCUAGCUCCUCUGCCUUCUGGAGUUCUGGUGCGGCGGUGCCAACGUACCAGUGGUGUGCUUCCGCCUUCCGGCCUACUGCCUACUGCGCUUCAGCGAUUAGGAUCCCUUUUCACCUUCAGGCUUCAGAUACAGAAGCAAGUAAAAUGUUAUCCAGAAUUGCCACUAUUCAGCUUGUGAGUUCUCAUCCGGAAGUAUAUGAACCGUGUGAUGAUUCAUUUGCAUUGGUUGAUGCAUUAUUGGCGGAUGAGGCUAACUUGUCAGAUCACCGACCCAAAUUUUGCAUGGAAGUUGGUUGUGGCAGUGGGUACGUUGUUACGUCUCUAGCACUCAUUCUACGACGAUAUGAAGUUUUAGCAUCUAAGCCCCCCUCAUAUUAUAUUGCAACUGACAUCAAUCCUCAUGCGGUGAGGGUGACUCGUGAGACCGCAGAUGCCCAUAGUGUUGAUGUUGAGUGUGUCAAUACUGAUAUUGCAUCAGGAAUGGAGGGGCGUUUGGCUGGGUUAGUGGAUGUUUUGGUUGUGAACCCACCUUAUGUUCCCACCCCUGAAGAGGAAGUUGGUCGCGAAGGAAUCACCUCAGCUUGGGCUGGAGGUGAAAAUGGUGUUACUGUCAUCAAUAAGAUUUUGCCUGUUGCUGAUAAGCUUUUGUCUGAGAGGGGUUGGCUGUAUUUGCUCACACUUGCCGCGAAUAACCCCUCGGGAAUAUGCCUUCAAAUGAGAAAGAAGGGUUAUGCAUCUAGAGUCAUUCUUAAGAGAUCCACUGAUGAGGAGAGCCUUCAUGUUAUCAAAUUUUGGCGGGAUGCCUCUAACUAUCCGUUCACCUGGGCCAAAAAUUAGUUUAAUGAUGAAGAAUGGUCAAAGAAUAAAAUGUAAAUAAUGCAUUAGUGAUGUUCAAAUUUCCCAUACCCGGUGACGUCACAAGUCAGAGCUGUCACUCUCUAACAAGCAAUGCUUUCAAGGUAUGUAGAUGAUAUGCAUUUUGUUUAGACAUUUACAUAGAAGUGUGGUGUGUGUAAGAACUUGCCAUUCAGAUUCUUUUGAUGGAACGUCGGCUUGUUUUGUAAUCUAAAUCACUUGAGUGGGAAGAGUGAUUGUUCUCCUUAAUAUUUCUCAUAUUGUCCAAUAAAGCCUCUGAAAAUCCUUUAGGAUCCUUCAGGAUCAGUUUUGGGCUUUUGGCGCAUGUACAAUUGGAUGAUUGAAUUGUUUUUUAAUUUCCUAUUUAACCGAGGAAAGAGAAGUGUUUUAACCUUGCCCCCAGAGUUGUCGUUUUGAGCUUGUAUGAGAAGUUGUUUUGGGCUUCUAUCUGCUGGAAAAAGUUGGGGCUUUCCUCAUUGUACAUAAUGUACGCCCUGGCCACAUGACUCUGGGAAAGCAAUGUGUGUUAGAAAUUACGGGGUUCAGAAGGUGUUCAGCCUAGAUUUUCUUAACAUACAAGCUAUAUGGAAUUUUGCUGAUGCUCUCAUCUGUUCAAAGGUUCCAGGUCACCUCUUUUAGCCGGUUUGUUUUUGCCCAACAUAAUAUGGGAAUGGAUUUUGAUGCCCAACAUAAUAUGGGAAUGGAUUUUGAUGCCCAACACAAUAAUUGGAAUGGCAUAGUUCCUAUUGCCAAAACAUAGCUAUUCUGUUGCAACCUACCCAGUCGGUGAUACAAAUACUUCGUAUAUGCUUUUGGUGACCAAGAAAAUAAUUUCAGAUAAAAAAAAAUUAAUAGUUGAAAACAGAUACCUGUGAUUUCAAUAAAUAUUUAUUUGUUUAACCUGUUUCUUAUGUUAUUUUGGUUCCAUAUGCAUAAUUGCAUACAAGUAUACAAACUGGCAGUCAUAUGAGCCCAGGGAAAAAGGGCACGCCACAUGUUUGUUAAAAUAUCUCAAAUGGAAUGAAAUUAAAAAAAGAACAACCCUUAGCUUGAAUGAAGUACUCACGUCUGAUUUGCUUCAACUUCAGCUGGCUUUUACGAUUUUCACUUGUAUUUUGAUAGUUUGCUUUAUGUGAUGUUCAUAAUAAUAUGUAGUAAUAUAAUAAGACUUUCUUUUAUAAGGGAUCUCCUGUUUGUUUUAUUUAAAGGUAAGGUAUCGUAUUUGUUGCUGGACGAAGAGUACUUAAUUAUAUGCGUCUCAACUGUGAUUUUUACCAUUUAUUGGCACUUUACAUUUGCAUAUUUCAACCAUAUGUUCCAACAUUCCCGUGGAAUUAGUCUGAGUGGUGGUAUGCUAACAAAGGAGGCCGUGGUCCACGACAUUUCCGGGUCAUGGUCGUGGUAGGGAAGGAUCCUCAUACUCAUCACAUGUUCAUGCGGUUCACAUCAGUGAAGCUCUACUUAGACAGUCAUCUACCAGACUACCACCAUCGACCAUGCUUCCAUGUUGAUGCUUUCUGGUGCUCAAUGGAACACUUUGCUAAGUACUACGUAUGAUGAUAAAUGUAGUACACAUUCUUGUAUAAUGGAGAAACUCACAUGUACGCAUAAUCUCUUCCUUUGAAUGGUUACUAGACAUAGGAGUAUUGUUCCAUAUGAUGGGCUCAAAAAUAUCUUCACUAGUCUCGAAAGAUGAAUAUAUUAUGCGAUUGUAAACAUUUAAUACCCUGCUAUUCCCGUUUCCAUAAACAUUUUAUUUAUCAUGAUAUAGGGGUGUUUGGAUCUGAUUCUUAAAA